GGCCAACCGCGUGGUUAGAAGAAGAAAAAUCCUCUCGGGGCGGCUGUUGUGAAGCGGUGGCGCUGCAAUCUGUGGCGCUUCUUCUUCUUCUGCAUUUCGUGUUGGCCCACUAUCGAAAAGGCAGGCAUUCGAGAUGCGGCGCCUUGUGAGACGGCCCGCGCCUUUCCUCCCUCUCGCUCUUACGUCCAGUGUGUAAGUUUUGUGUGUGUGUGUGUGUUUGUUAGUGUUUUGUGACGUCAUAACGCAUUCAACUUGACCCGAAAAACUGGCUUCUGUGCACCCCGUGUGUGUCUUUUGUUUCGUUUGGUGCACCUGACGCGCUUCUAUGACGCUCGUUCUCUGACGUCUUCACUUUGGUCGAAUUGGAUUUACACACACACACAGUUUGAAAAAUUAAGACACCAACGUUUUUGGCUCUAGUUGAUUGACCGAGUUUCUGGUGUAAUGACGUGACUCGGUCCAGGUUGCUGUGCGUGUCGGGAUUUUGUUUGGCUUUGAAUUGAAUCGGUUGAGUGUUGUUUGGGGGAUCCUGUCGUCGAACGCUAUUCAGUUGUGUCUUUCACGGGGCGAACGGCAGGCCGAUGGCCAGCCACCACGAACCCAGUCAACAGAGAGUUCCUCCUCCUCACGAUCCUCCUCCUGCGGCCGUCAGACCAAAGCCUUUGUGGCAGCCGUGGUCAGAUAGCGAUGAUGAUCGGGAUUUAACAUCCAAUCGGGUCGGUGCUGACAAUGAUGGGGGUGGAAAUAAAGAACUCCCGACGAGGACCAAGAAAGAACGAAGACGUCACGAACGCCAUCACGAAUUGCUUUCUACCGCCGCCAGGGCUCGCAAAGAAAUUCCGGUGGAAACGGCUGAUGAAGUGGACAGACCGUUGGAUAUGAGCACUGGACGUCGAGCCUCACCUCCACCUUAUCCAGCGGCUGGAUCGUCAACUGGAAUCCUUCCGUCCUAUCCGCUGAGAUAUCCCAGUCCACCGGAUUACGGAAGUUCAUCAGGUCCUCGACCUUCUGUCAUCACUUGCGCUUCCAGUUUGCGAUCGAGUCCGGCUCCCAGCUGUCCGAGUCCUUGCGGCAGUACGAGCUCGUCGGCCUCCCAGUCAGCUCGGACAACCACAGCAGGCAAUGGAUCUCCUCCACCACCACCAGUUCGCUCGCGUCCAACAGCUGACGGAGAGGCUAGACUUCCUCCACAACGCCGCGAAAUCAUUUCCUCAGGUAUGUGCGACCCGGUGAUUGACGAACAUUUCCGGCGAUCGCUGGGCGAACGUUACACUCACCUGUUUGCUUCGUCGUCGCCAUCGUCUUCAUCGUCGUCUACCUCCAAUUUAACGACCACCAAUGACUCAUCCUCACGCGAUGGUGGGGCGGCCAAUAAAAUGCCGUCCACUGUCAACGUCACAGGACUUUCAGUGGAUGAUCAUUUCGCCAAAGCCCUUGGAGAAACUUGGCUCAAAUUGCAGAGUGAAACCAAGGAAAAGGAGGCCAACACCGACUCCCAGCCAGGCUCUCCACUACCGUCAUCAGCCCAGCGACAAGGACUUCUUCUCACUUAAUAUUAUUUCUCUUUUAUUUUUCAAAUAAUCGAUCACGAAAAUAUUUUAACGGUAGAGAGUUUUUGUGUGUGCGUGUGCAAAAAAAAACUAAAAAAAAAAAAACAGCAAACUUUUAAUAAUUAAUUAAAAUCCGAAAUCAGUUCCAAUUUGAUUAUUUAUUAGAUAUUUUUCAGUUUGUUUUAAAUAAUUUUUUUUUGGCCAAAUUUAAAAAAAGAAAAAAAAACUUGAUGUGGUAUUUCGAUUUUUCAACUUUUUUUCAAAAUCCUCGAGUUGAUGUGUAAUUUGUGUGUGUGUGUGUGUUUGAUGUGACAAAAAAGAUUAUCUUUCCAUACGUGAUCUUUUUUUUUACCCCCCUCUCUUCUGUUGGAAUUCCUAUCAAUUAUAAUAUUUUUUUCUUUGCUUUGUAUUUUUCGAUUUAAUUUCGAUAGAGAGACAUUUUCCUUGACAUCUCGUUACGACAUUGUGAUGACAUUCAGUUCUAGCGAGGAAUACAAUGUGUGAAUAAAUUUCA